UUUGGAAGUCCGGCAACACAAACAUCUGGGUCUCAAGUUUUCGGGGGCAGGAAAAAAUUAAUUCAGCUCCGAUAAUAUUUUUAUAUAUUUUUUAAACGUCUGCAUUAUAUGUGAAAUCAAGUAAACACUAUCGGGCUACGUCCACGCACCACCAAACGAGAACUCAGAGAAGAUGUCGAGCGCCGGGGAGAACCCAUUCGCGGCCCUUCUCCAGGAGGCCCCAAAGUCCGAUUGCGUGGCCCAUAAACUUGUCGAGGAGGUGCUCCUGUUUACGCUGGACAAGGCUGGGGCUGCCAACAAACGUCUGCUUUCCCUUGCUGAUGUGGUGGUUGACACCAGUGACGAAACCCUGUCCGAGGACCUUCUUGCCCACGCCCUCUUCGAACGUCUCAUGCUGACCGAUACAACACAGAUUUCUGGGAACGCCAGCCCGGAUGCCUUAGAGUCGCGGGCCAUACACUAUUUGCAAGGUGCUUUUUCAAGAGCCGAGCGCAUACAGGCAGAGAAGAAAGCUGAUUGCUCAAAGUUGCUGGCAUUGAUUCUGAACAACGCCAGCACCUGCAUGCGUCAACCGGACUUGUUUGCUCCCCAGAACUUUGCAGCCCAAUGGAUGGAACUGUUCGAGAAGGCCGAUGAGCACGACACCACCACCCAAGAGUUUCUGGUUCGUGUCACUUGCAAGGUGAUGGAGGAGGACGAGAGCAUGGAGGCGCUAGGCGCCUUGAAGGCCAUAUUUUAUCCCAUGCUUACCGAGCUGCAGAAACAAAUCGUCAAGGAGAACUUGAUCACGCUCCGAAACAACAUAUUUUGGAUCUUAGGCUUCUUUGUGCGUGACAAGCGAGCUGCGAUCCUGGGAGAGUUGCUGAUUGACUACACCACACCCAAUCCCAAGGCGAAAGGUGGCGACUACAUGGACACGCUACUGGGCAGUCUGUUGUGCAUCUCGAUUCUGCCGAAAACUCAAAAUGGAAAGUUUGAGUUCUUUAAAGAUCUUUCGCUAAACCAUACCGAUCCGGCACUCUGGACUCUGCUAUCCAAUCACCAGAAAUCUAUAUUUCUGCUGGUUAAGCAGCUUUUGGUCCUUUCUCCCGAAACUAAAAAGAAGACGCUUCAGUGGCUGGCCAAUUGUCUGGACGCGAAUCUAUCCCGUGGUCAUCUGUGGAGUAGCAUUAAUUUAAACCUGGAUCAGACGGUCCACAGCUCGGCCAGUGACUCUUUUAUGAAUAAUCUCUGUUCCGUUCUGACUCGUCUAUGUGCCCCUCUCUGCGAACCAACAUUUAAGGUUCUUCUCGUUGAUCCUACAUACUGUGCAGUGGCCGACAAGGAUCGUGCGGCUAAGGGUGUUAGCCUAUUAAAGGCCCACGAGGAAACCUGCCUCUUACCCGCUGAAGAAGGAUCAGAGCGUUUAACAGCCGAAAAGUAUAAUUUCGUGACGGAAAUCUUUUACAUGACCCACAAGUGUUUCCAACUGGCCAAUCGGCCUUGCAUCGAACGUAUGAAUCGCGUGAUGCGCGAACUGCAGAACACUCAGACAGCCUACGGGGAGGUGGUGAACAGUGAUCCCAACAACGAGCUAACUAAAAACCUGAUGCGAAUGAUGAUGGAACAAAUGCAACAGGUGCUGUGCAUUAAAAAUACGCUAUCGGAACCCACGAACGACACCGCUAUGGUCAAGUUUUUCGAAGCCUCCGCCAUCUGGUUGACAGAAGUGGCCAUGCUACCCAGAGAGAACUUUGAGCAGUGUCUGGACAAGAAGGAUUUCUCCCCUCAGGUGUUGCGGAACUUGGAGCUGCUGUCAGACACACCCCCUUUUGUGGCUCCAUACAUGCAGUCCAUACCAGAAAUCAUCAUUGACAAUAUUGCAGCUUACUUGAACUUCUGCCGCCGCUUGAACGCUGACCAAUACCUUAACAUAUACGCCUCGUCACACGACGCCAUAUUUAAGAUGAUUCUGUUGUUUAUGGGAAGCUCGGGCCUUGUGAAGAAUCCCCAUUUGCGAGCCAAGCUCGCCGAGGCCCUAGAGUUUCUGCUGCCGACGCAGGUGAUGGGAAGUAAUCGACAGAGAUUUAUUACCCACGUCUUUGACAAUCAUCCAGAUCGCUUGAAAGUGGUUCGCAGUUUGCUCAAUGUUUUCGUCAGCAUCGAGAUGACCGGCCAAUCAGUGCAAUUCGAACAGAAGUUCAACUAUCGCCGCCCGAUGUACGCGAUCAUUGAGUUCCUUUGGACAAAAAAGGAGCACGUUCAGUGCUUCCGCGACCUGGCAGUUGAAGCUGAACAAAAUAUUGAGGCCAUUGAGCCCCCGAUCUUUUUGCGAUUCAUUAAUCUGCUGAUCAACGAUGCCAUAUUUGUAUUGGACGAGUCACUGUCUAAUCUGGAGCAGAUUAAGCAGCUUCAGCAAGCCCAGGAUAACGGCGAAUGGAACAGCUUGUCGCACAACGAGCGCCAACAACAGUUGACCAACUUGCAUCACCUAGGCAUGCUGGCGCGCUUCGACAACAUCCUGGGAAGGGACACAAUCAACACCCUCAAGCUAUUGACGACGGAAAUAAAGAGCAUCUUCUGUCACAACAGUAUGGUGGACCGGAUUGCCGCCAUGUUGAACUACUUCCUGUUGCAUCUGGUUGGACCAAGAAAGGAGCGCUUCAACGUGAAGGACAAAAAGGAGUUUGAAUUCGAUCCGGCCCAGACUGUGCUCGAGAUCUCCCAUAUUUACAUCAACCUGAGCAAGAACGACAGCUUCUGCCUGGCCGUUUCCCAGGAUGGACGAUCCUACAGUGACCAGCUAUUUAGUUACGCCGAAAACAUUCUGAUUCGUAUCGGAGGCGGGCAGUUGAUAGGCGACAUGUCCGAGUUCGCUGCCAAGGUGAAGCGCAUGGGCGCCCAGUACAAGGAGGAGCAGGAGCUGCUGGCCGAUGCGCCGGAUGAGUAUUUGGACCCAAUCAUUUCCACCCUGAUGACGGAUCCCGUGGUGCUGCCCAGCUCGAAGGUCACCGUAGAUCGUUCCACUAUUGCCCGACAUCUGCUGAGCGACCAAACAGAUCCGUUCAAUCGCGAGCCACUCACCAUGGACAAGGUGAAGUCCAACGAGGCCCUCAAGCGAGAGAUCGAACAGUGGAUCGAGGGAAAACGAAAUGCAGCCAGCUCGGGCUCGAGUUGAGG